AUGUCAGUUACAAAUUUACCAAAAGAUUUGGAGUCACAGACUAUCACACUAUUUAGUAAAUCAUCAGCGAUUUCAAAAUUACAACAAGAAGUAAAUUCCAAUCCUAAUAACCUCCAGAAAUGGAAUCAAUUGUUUACCGAAUUGAAUAAAUUAAUUGACACCUCCACUACUGAUACUGAUAAUGAUGAAUUGAAAAAAGACAUUCAUAACAGUUAUAAGGCAUUAUUGUCUCGAUUUCCUUAUUUGACAGAGUAUUGGAAGAAAUGGCAACUGGUAGAAUCAAAAUUAAAUGGUGAGGAGACUUCACAAGAUAUUUUACGAAUGGCUGUUGAAAAUUAUCCAAAUUCCAUAUCAUUAUGGUGUCAAUAUUUAACAUCAAUAUUAAUUAACGGGAAAGAUAAAACUGAUACAGCAGAAUUGUUUCGGAAUCUUUAUAAACAAGCAUUAAUUCAUAAUGGAUAUGAUUUCAAUUCCCAUCCUAUUUGGAAUAUGGCAAUUGAAUUUGAAACUAAGCAACUGAAACAAAGUAAAGAAUUACUUGAAUUAUAUUUACGAGUUAUUAAAAUCCCAUUAUAUCAAUAUGCUCAAUGUUAUAAUCAAUUUUCCGAGAUUAAUAAACAAUUUGAUAUUCAACAAAUUAUAACGUCAUCGGAUCAAUUGAAUCAAUAUGUGAAGGAAUUUGGAAAAAAUCAACUUGAGGAUUUAUCUUUACUUGAAAGACAUCAAAUAAUUGAUGAUUUCACCGCAAGUAUAUUUAGUAAUACUCAAAAGAGAGUCAAUAAGAAUUGGCAAUUUGAAUCCUUAUUAGAAACACAAGAAUUUACUUUAAAAGUGGGCAGUGAUAAUAGUAAUAUUGCUAAAGAAAAACAAAUCUGGAUUAAUUAUUUACAACAAGAAAUUGAUACGUAUUGGACAGACCCCAACAAGGACGAUCAAUUUGAAUUAGUUUGUAAUUUAUUCCAUCGUUGUUUAAUUCCUAAUUGUUAUGAUUCGGAAAUAUGGUUGAAAUAUCUUGAAUUUAUAAGUAAUCUGAAUUUACCUAAGCAAGAAAAAUUUGAUAAACAACAAGAAAUUUAUAUCAAUAUUAAUGCUAAAUUGAUUCCAUUAGAUAAUAAUGAAACCAGAUUGAAAUAUGUUGAAUUAUUAAUUGAUCAUGAAAAGAAUCAAGAAGCCAAUGAAUAUUUAUUUAAUUGGAUGAAAUUAUUUAGUGGAGGGUCCAAAAAAUAUUAUAAAUCAUCAUAUUUACAAAUAACUAAAGAAUUAUUUAGUUUAUGGAUAAAAUUAUUAGACCAUCGAGAGUUUAUAAUUAUUGCUGAAUCAAUGAUAAAUAAGUAUUUCAAUAUUCAUGAAAAGCAACAAAAGAAAGACAAAGAUGAGGUAAAUACCAAAACAACUCCAAAUACAGAACAAAACCCAAAUCUUUCUAAACUUGAAUUGACAGAAUCAUUAAUUACACUGGUGAUAAGUUUUCUUAAUGAUGAAUCAAUAUGUAUACUUACAGUAUUAUAUUUACAACAACUACAAUUACAACAACAAGAACAGCAACAAUCUGAAACAAUCAAAAUUCGAAAAUUUUUCAAUAAAUUUAAUCAUGAAAAAUGUUUUAAAACUUCUAUUCAAUUUUGGAAAUUUUAUUUCCAAUUUGAAUUAAGCAAUAAUCAUUGGAAAAAUUUAAAAUCUUUAAUCAAUCAUAUUAAAUUUAAUACUCAAUUACCAAAAAUUAUUAUUGAUUCAUUUAUUGAAUGGAUGAAUGAAAUUUCUAAUGAUAAUUUAAUAAAUUUUUUGAAAUUAAAUGAUGGAAGAUCAGAUGAAACUAUAAUUAUGAAAGAUUUAGAAAUUUCAAAUUCAAUAUUUUAUAAUAAAACUACAAUUAAAAGACACGCAAUGAAAAAUAAUUAUAUCCUUAUCAAUAACAAUAACAAUAACAAUAACAAUAACAAUAUUGAUAAGAAACGAAAUAGUAAUGGCAGUGAAGAGGAAUUUUUACGUUUGACAAGUAAACAAAUAGGUCAUCCAGGAAUAUUCAUUGAUGUUGUACCUCAAAUCACAAAUCGAUUAAUGCUUGAUAAUAAUGGUAUUGAUCUUACUCAAGAAAAUUUAUCAGUACCGCCAUUACCUGUAUUUAAAAAUGUGGAGAAAGCUUCUCAACCGAUAAAAUAUCCAUCUACUACUACUCAAACUCGUUAA